CUUUUCUGAUGUUCUCGAACCUGACUGGUAGUUUUCAACGCCAACGAUGUUGGAGCCACUUUUAGAGGCUUUAUCCGCGCAAAGAAUCAUUCUAGCGAGUAGUUCGCCGAGAAGAUGCGAGAUUCUGCGAAAAAUUGGUUUGAAGUUUGAAGUAAUUCCCUCCAGAUUUGAGGAAACACUCGAUAAAACCGCUUUUAAUCAGCCUUAUGAAUAUGUCUUGGAGAAUUCGAGACAAAAAGCUCUAGAGGUGGCAGGGCGGGUCAAUAAGAGAGAGCAACCUACCUUGAUCAUAGGAUCAGAUACUGUUGUUGUCUUGGAUAAAGUUAUUCUUGAAAAACCGAAAGACAAGGAAAAUGCAUUUUCAAUGUUAAAAAGUUUGAGUGGCAAGGACCAUGCAGUGUUCAGUGGGGUUACUCUUUUACAAAAAGAGGGUGACAAAGAACCGUGCAUAACCCAGUUUUAUGAGGAGACGUUGGUGUCAUUUGGAACGUUAACAGAUGAAGUGAUCCAGGCAUACAUUGCAACUGGAGAGCCAAUGGACAAGGCCGGAUCAUAUGGCAUUCAGGGAAUUGGUGGCACACUAGUCAAGUCUAUUCAUGGCGACUACUUCAAUGUCAUGGGAUUUCCUCUGCACCACUUCUGCGUUCAAAUGAGAAAAUUAUUUCCUAAUAAUAUUGGCUAAGAAGACCCUUUUUGCCGUUUUUCUGUGCAUACAGAAAGUGAUGGAACUCUUUCCUCGCGCUGAGUCUCUCCACUCAUACCGCUUUUAAUUAAAAAAUUCAUAAAAAGAAAAUGUUAUGCGUUCAAUAUUGGAUAUUCUCCUAUUUUUCAUUUACGGUAAAUCUCUGGUCAUUUCAUAGCUCAUGUCCUUGCCAACAAGUGACUGGUCGAAUGAAAUUUUUUUGUUCUACCCCAAAACGAUUUAAACCCGAAUCGGAUUCAUUUUGUGGGAAGACUGAGAGGGGGGAGGGAGGGGCUAGGUUUGUCCGGAUGCAUACUUUAAGUCUAACAGGACCGUAUGGAUACUUUAAGUCUAACAGGACCGUACACAUGGUUCAUUUGUCAUCCUGCGGAACGUCAUUUUAGCCGAUUAUCCGUUAUGAUAUUCGAUGAGGAUCGCAAUAGGCCUGCGAAAUGUUGUCAAGUGACAUAAACUUUAGGUUUUUAGGAAAGCAUUGACUUUUUCAUGCUUGACAUGUGCUCUAAACCUAUAUUUUGCUCAAAAAUUACCCAGAAAGACAAACAUUGCUCGAGAUUGUUGGAACCUUAAAAAGUUGCUCCAAAAGCCUAAAGUGUCUCAAAAGUUUCCGAGCACAACUGGAACAAGCCUAAUUCCCGGAAGGAACUCGUAUUAGAUUCUUGGUGACAAGGAAACCGAAUUUUUUUUCCUUCCUACCCUGUCACCCUGCUAUGUCGGGCGCGCGCAAGGGUAUCAAUGUUGACCGGCCACCAAAUUCCGGCGCAAAAUUUUAAAGGGGAAGAUAAGAAACAACAGCAUUCACGGAAAAUACGCAUAACAAAUUGAAACGUUCAUAGAAAGCAGUCCAAAGCUGUAAAAGGAAACAGGAAUACAGAUAGGAAAACUUAAGCUCGUGAACACAAGGCUUACCUCUACAACGUUCGCUCAUGCGCAGAGUUUUGACCGCUUUGUUGUAGAAAUUAGUAAAGGCGGAAAAAAUUUUACGAAAUAAGAGCUACUUUGGACCACAGUUCCGCUAUCAACAGAGGAGCAUUUUCCUAUGCGAUAACAUUGUUUUUAAAGCCAUCUUUCUAAUUUUUUCUCAGGACAUAACGCAGUGUUUUCAUUGUAUCGAAAUUGACAAUGGCAUUUAUUUACGCCACAAACUUCGCUGGGUAAUUAAAAAUGCGAAGUAUGUUUUCGUUCACUUUGUUCCAUCUCAUUAUGUCAGUCAAUCACAGAGUUCUUCAUUCUUGGACGAAUUUUUAACAUUUAAUGUUUCAUUUAUAAACAAGGUAUCUUAUUUAUGGGUAACUUCACCGUGAGAACAAGACUAGCCAGUAUCCUAGUAUAGUUUUUUUGCUGUCUUAGGAGUACACUUAUUAAAGAUUAAAGCCAAUACGGAAGACUUCAGAGACUAUUUAUAUGAGUUGAUUUGCGCUAAAGUAGCGGAGAUCCAUUACAAACAUUUUUACCUUUAACAAAAAGAUCUUGAAUGAGACCUAUUUGUAGAUAUUACCCACGUCUAUAUCCACAAAUCGUUCGGUUCACUUGUGACAAUAAAUUCUUUAUCAAUUACGGUUAAGUAUCAAGCUUGUUCCCCAUUUUCGUGGUAAAUAUGUAUUUCAUAAACAAUCCCAAAUGAAAGUAGGCGUCAGGACUUUAAAACUCCGCAAAACUAAGGGUUAAAAAAACUGCCGUGUUUAAAUAAUUUUUGAAAUAUCUCCAUGCGAAUACGACUUUUCUCUCCUAAGCUAAAUGUACGUCAGCCCUCCACUCCGCAAUUGGGCGAUCUCAACAUUUAUACAACCAACUGUCAUUAGCGAAGGAUUUGAUGGGAAAAAACUAGUGCAACGUAACGUAAAACUGCAAAUAUUCAAGAGUCGACAACAGAUUUUUUUCGGUUUUAGUGUCCGUGCGCCUUUCAACUCGAUGAUUCCUCUCGUCGUGUAGAUUGUUACUCGAGUGACAGUGAAUUCAGUAGCUUUUAUUUCCAUACUUUACGGACUUAAUGGCCAUUGUCUUUGUUAGACUCAAAGGCGACGGCGCGAGAGGUGCUCUACUGUGUCUCUUCGUUGAACCACGUCAUACGUUUACUGUGAUCAUUGCUGAGCCUGACAUGUGUGAUAAUGAAAAUCAAGAUCUUUAAACUGUCACCAUUUUCUUGGUUUAAGUUUGACUUCAAACAUAUACAGUUGUAGUUAAAGUUUAUCGGGAUAAAGCUUUGGGAGUGAACCAAAGAGCAACUUGCCGAGAGUCAUUUCCAUUGGUUUAAUUGCCUGUCAUAAGUCAGUUGUCACUUACUACUCCAUACCUUAAUUUUUCUUAAAAUAUCACGGCCAUUCUUUUGUAAUAUUAAGGGUUUGUACUGUCACUUAAACCGACGAUAUUUUUAGUCUUGGGUUUUGGCUCGUUUUUUUUCGCUAUCUUUUCUUUUUUCAAAGGAUAAAAAAUUCUUUUGUAUUUUUUGUUGCUUGUCGUCGCUCAUUCAAUUUUAAUUAUGUUGUAAAUUGCGCGCGAUACCAAUCUGCACGCGAUCCAUUGUUUGGCAAAAUCUUUUUAGCCUCAGUUUGUUAUAAAUAACAAACUGGAUUGAAAUAAAAUGAAAAAAAAGUUGUUGUGUUUACAACUAAUGAGUAGAGGCAUCCUGUAUCAUAGCUUGAAAUUUGAAAUAGUUACGCGAAUUGGGGUUUGUGCUUGAAAUGCUAACUGCGAAAAGAUUGAAUCGACUGAUAUUGCAACGGAUGCAUCUGUUUGCUGUUUUAUUCUCUACGCCCGUCUCUAUCAGCUCAGACAGGGUGAAUUAAAUCUUCAAUUCGCAUCGUUUAGCUUUCUUUUGCUUGUCUCUCAGAUGGAUUGCUUGAUUCCCUAUUCAAACCACUUUUCUCGUUUCUCCACAACACUUGUGUGGCGUGUCCAGAUGGUUCCUAGCUUAAACGACAGAUCAGUGCUACAAAAUUCUUGGGAGAACCCGCGAAAUAAGUUUCUUAAAAAAUUUUGAUUGAAAAGAAUGUCAAAGUAAAACUAUUAACUCAUUCACGGGUUCUCGUAACGCAGCACUCGUGAUCUCGAGAGAUCACGUUUGUUAGAGUCCUCAUCAUUGCCAAGUUGCUCACGUCCCUCUUUACUUCAAAAGUUUGAAGCACUUUGUCAAAUGCUCGUAAAAAAAAAAAAAUGGAUAUUUCAUGUCAUUUGGUCUUUGUUGCUUGCCUGGCGACCGUUUUACAAGUGAACGAGCUUUAGACAUUUCUCAUGAUGUUUGCAGUCAAUGCGUUUCUUAAUACGGAACAAGAAGAAUCUUCCAACUAGUAGCAAAACGGGAUAAAGGAUGCUCAUUUAUUCCAUUGUAUCUCUACGACGGAAUUCGUACAGUUCUAGCACCGAUGUUUCCGUCGGCGUAUUCCCCACAGAAGCUCUUUCGUUGGCGUGGCUCCCUCUGAACCUGCCAACAAUCUUUGUAACCACGUGGACUGCGUUGAGGCGUUACCAAACUUGUUUCAAUUACAUCUUUUUAUAUGGAGCUCUUCAAGCGAUAAAGUCAGAUACAGAUUAGAAAACUGCUUCAAUGGUAUACGUGAGUACUGGAUAUGUCCAUCUGUGUCCUACUGUUGCUGUUCUUGAACGCACAAGGCUCAUCAAGACCUUCUGAACAUAAAAUUUCCUCUGUCGAGACACUGCGAAUAUAACGCCCGACUCUCCCCCAUAAUCACUUCUCAUUGGCCAGAAAUGAUCAAUGAGUACUUUCUCCCUAUGAUAUAAUACACUGUCUUUCAGAAAGGUGAUGAGAAUGAAGAAAAAUAUCACCGAGUUGAAAUUGUUUGAUUUUUCACCAAAUUCUCUGAGCUUCAAUAAUAAGAAAUGUAAAAUAUUCAGGACGUAAAGAGAAUUGAUUUUGAGAUCGCGAGAGCGAAAGGAGGAAGAUAUGUUCGACGCUUCAUUUAGGCGUUUGGGUUGAAUAAUAAAAGACAUCUCAAACACGGUCGGUAAACAUCAAACAAGGUGAUCAAUCCUAAUUUUGUUUUCUUUACGGCGUGGGAAAAGAUGUAAAAAUGGUUACGUGAGCAGUCCAAGGGCUUGUUGGCGUAAAUGUGGAGUCAUUAGAACAUAAAUCAUCUUUAAAGAAUGCUGUCGUCGACAAACAGAAUAAACUCUCAAAACAACAGGAAAUACCUCCUUGUCGCUAAAUCCUCAAGAUUGUUUUUACAGGAAAUGUCGAUUAGUAAUAAUUAAGAGGAAAUGUACAAAGACGACUUGAAAGUUCGAGUGAACCACGCAUUGCGAAAGAUCAGAUUGAAAUAAAAUCAUUUGCAGUUUUGUAGUUCUUGGUUGUGAUAAAUUAUUGACCGCGAUAACUUGAGCACAGUAGAUAACUUUUCGAGAGAGAGGUUUUGUAAUCCGUUCAAGUGGGAGUGUCGUGGUUUUUGAUGACACGAUAGCAUUACAUUGGGGGCGUUUUAUCAGAAGCGAAAGGAACCCAAUUCCUGUGGCUUUUUCUCUCGGAUUUUCCCCUAAAAGCCGGCUGCGAUCAACGGAAUAAUUGAUAGCUAAGCUGAGGGGUGGAU